AUGUCGGGGGGCUUCAAGGGACCAGCUGGCGCGAGCGGGGGGCCUGCUGCCGCUGGAGCGGGCGAGUCGCCGCCGCCGCCGGCAGGGGCCGCAGCGCCUGCACAGAGCCUGGCUCAGGCGCUGGCCAGCCAGUGCAUUGCCAGCGACAGGGCCCUGUCCGUCAUGGUGGUGUGCGUCCACUUGGCCACCCUGGCGCGCGGCACCCUGGUGCGGCACGAGGUGCUGCUGCUGGCGGUGCUGGUGGCGGCGUUUGUGGGCACCUGGGCAGCGGCGGCGCUGGCCCGGCGCCGCUACCUCGCGGUGCGGACGCCCCUGGUCGUCUUGCUGCGCCUGGCCCAGUUCGCGGCGCUGCCGCUGAUUGCCGACGUGAUGCGGGUCAUGGAGCCGGAAGGAGUGAUGGUUUCCGAGGCGGCGGCGGGCGGCGGCGGUGGCGCGCCGGGCCGCCGCCGCCCUGGGCGCCACCGCCCGGCUGCAGCGCAGCUCUGCCGCCUGCUGGUGUGCCACCAGUUUGUCGGCAGCCACCCUCGCAACGCCCGUGUCUCGGCGGCGGCCUACGAGGCGGCGCAGCACCUGACCUCCAUGCUGUGCCUGGGCACCUGGAGCCACAUGGCGGCUGCGGCCGACGCCUCCUCCGACGCGCAGAAGUGUGUGGCGACGGCUUCGCUGGGCCUGGUGCUGCCCACGCUGAUUGUGUGGCGGGCGCAGCUGCGGGCGGCGGGCAAGUUUGUGUCGGGGCAGCGGGAUGCUGGCAGGGAGGCGGCGGCGGAGGAGGAGCUGCGGCGCAGCCAGUACACGCGGCUGUGCACGCCCGCGCUGCAGGCGGCCGACAUGCUUGGCUGGGCGGCCACCACCGGGCUGGCGGGCCUGUGGGCCUUUGUGGGGGCGGUGCUGUGGCACUGGCACCAGACGGGCGUGGCAGCAGUCCCGCAGCGGCGCUUGCAGCCGCCCGGCAUGUCUGGCGCUUCCGCCGGCGCCGUUCCGCCGGCGCUCUUGGCUGCGCCUCUGGCGCCCAGCCCGGCGUUCUUGGCGAUUGAGGCGCUGCCUGUGCCCCUGCAAGAAGAGAUUUUCUUCCUUCUUGGCCUGCACGACACCGCCAGGGCCGCCGCGAGGAUCCUGGAAACAAGGCUGGAGAUUAACGCGGCAGCUGACUUGCCGCUGCUGUCCCGCCAGCACAACCUCCUGCUGCUGGGCGGCGGCUCGGGCAUCAUCAGUGGGGACGGCGGCGGCGGCCUCGCACCAUCCGACCGCUCCCACCGCCGCCUCCUGGGCUACCUGCCUGCAGCGGUGCACUACGCCAGCCAGCACUGCCGCGCCCUGCACCGCCUUCACCUGGAGCUGGCGCCGCCGCAGGUCCCGCUGGCGGCGGCCGCCGAUGCCGUGGCGCGCGCCGUGGCCGGCGAGCCGUGGCAGGCGGCGCCGCAGCCGCUGGCGGCGCUGGCGGCGGCAGCGACGGACGUGGGCUGCCCUCCGGUGGAUGGGUACAUCAUUAAGCUGCUGGCACAGAGCUGCCCCGACCUGCGGAGCCUGCGCCUGGUCAACGUCACCAACAGCGCCGCCACGAACCGGCUGCUGCGGCUGAACGACAGCUGCCUGGCCAUCCUGGCCCGCAGCUGCCCGCUGCUGGAGGAGCUUGUGCUGGGCCACCGGGGCGGGGAGGAGUGCGUGUUCAACCCCGCCUCUUCUUUCUACCUGGAAGACAUCACAGACGCAGGGCUGCGGGCGCUGGCCCACGGCGGCAGCCGCCUCCGCCGCCUGGGCCUGCUGCGCUGCUCGCGCGUCGGCGACGAGGGGCUGGCUGCGGUGGCGCAGAUGUGCCGCCAGCUCACCUCGCUGCUGCUGCACGACUGCCCUGGAGUGAGCGACCGGGCGCUGAUGGAGGUGGGCGAGCACUGCACGCAGCUGCGGGCGCUGGACUGCACCCUGGGGUUCCGAGCGCUGUUCACAAUCGCCGCCAACUGCCCGCUGCUGGAGGCAAGCCCCCGCUCGGACGUGAGCAUUUCGGAGGAAGGCCUGGAGGCGCCGGUGGUGGAUGACGACUGCCUCAUCGUGCUGGCGCAGGGCUGCCCCCGCCUGCGCCGCCUGUCCCUGCGCCACUGCUCCGCCGUCUCCGACGUGGGAGCCCGCGCGGUGGCCUCCCGCUGCAAGCUGCUGCAGGCGAGCUGGCUGGGGUGGCGGGUGUUGCGGCGCACGGGGGAGCAGCGUGGUGUGGUGGAGCUGGUGCUGGAGCACACCGCGGUGGGGGAUGCGGGGGUGGCGGCGCUGGCGCGGGGCCUGCCCUGCCUGCGCACCCUGUGCCUCUCCAACUACAUCUCCUCCCUCGCCCACCUCGCCUUCCUACCGGGCGCCUACCAGCGCCAGCCCCGCGGCGUUACCGACGCGGCGCUGCUGCACGUGGCACAGCACUGCACAGCGCUGCACCACCUGGCGGUCACAGGCUCGCGGCGGGUGACAGACGCCGGCCUGCUGCAUCUGGCGCACCGCCCGGCUGCCGUGGCGGCCGCCGCGGCCGUUGCGCUGCUGCCGGGAGCCGACGGGGGCUGCUCAGAAGUGGCGGUACCACAGCUGCCGGUCGGCUUCCACCGCCAGCUCACCAGCCUCACCAUCAACCACACCGCCGCCACGGACGGCGCGGUGUGCGAGCUGCUGCAGCGCUGCGGGCAGCUGCGGUGCCUGUCGCUGCGGGGCCUGCUGUACAACGCAGACGCCACGGUGGCUCGCGUGGCGGCCAGCUGCCGGUGCGCUGCGCCUGCGCUGCGCUGCGCUGCGCUGCACGACGCGGGGCUGGGGGAGGUGGCCCGCCUCCGGUUCCUCCGAUCCCUCCACCUCUCCUUCUGCGUGCGCAUCACGGAUGCCGGCUUGCUGCUGCUGGCGGCCGCCGGCUGCGCCCCCGGCGCGCACAGCGGCGCUGGGACCGACGGCGGGCAUCGACCCUGUGCCAGCCUGUACCGCAGCAGCACUGGCCCGCUGUGGAGCGCCGGCGCCGGCGGCGCCGCCAGCCGGGCCGCGCACCGGAGCGCCAGCAGCGGCGCGGCCGAAGACUGCGCAGCUUGGGGCGCGGCCGGGGCGCCCACCGGCAGCGAAAGCAGCGCGGCAGCGGCAGGCGGCGCUCUGCACGACGGCACACGGUACCGCAGCUUGCUGCAGGAGAUAGAGCUGUACCAUGUGACGCACCGCGGCAUCCGCACGCUGGUGGAGGCCUGCCCUGGCAUGACUCACAUUAACAUCGGCAAGUGCCGGCUGGUGCGGGUGGAGAGCCUGCGGGCGCUGCUGUGCGGCCGGGGCGUGAGGCUGUCGUCCUGCCACUACCUGGACACAGCCUGA